AUGGCUGAUUCCACAAGCAACACGCCAAUGAAUUUGUUUACUGCUAGUUCUAAUGAGCAUACACUUUUUGCUGGAACACUUCGCAACUGGGGAGAUCCUCUACUACAAGGACAAGAGCCGACUCGAGUACCAUUGUGUCCUCGUUGUGCAACGUGUCGAUGCGAAUCAUUGAGAAAUCUAACUCGUUCAUCAGCCAGUCGCAAACAUCAUCAUCAUAGACAUCAUGAACCGUCAUGUCCAAAUUAUCAUCAACACGAACGAGCGAAAACGACUAGUAAACAACGAACACUAGUGAAAACGAAACGUCGAGCGAAUUCACAUGAUCCAUCUUUAACCUUAAACAAUCGUCCAUUAAUAUCAACGCCAAAUACAGAAUAUUCUUCAUCAACGUCAUCGACACCGCUAAUGAAGCCGCGAAAUAACAAAUCCAAAAUACCUGUGAGAGUAUCAACAAUGUCAAAAACUGCCAGCGAAUGUUCUUCAACGUCAUCUUUGAAUAACAAUCGAUCGUCAAAUAUAAAAACAAAACUUCCACAGCCACUUAUUAAACCUACAACAUCAUUGACAACUAUUUUCACUCAGACGAAUCAAACAAUAUCAAGUAGUGAUGAGUUUGGCGAGUAUGACCAAGACAGUCUAGAUGACGAUGCUCCCGAGACAUCUGCAUCGAUAUCUACGAAUGAAUAUUCCAAUUCAAAUCUGUUACCAAAGACGAAAAGAAAAGAUAUGAUGAUGUUAUAUUGCUCUUCGAGCCAUCCUGAUCACUUCGAUGAUGUGACCGACGACGAAUUGUCAAUCACCAGGGAGAAGAAACGGUUGACGCCAUCGUCAUCCUCAUCGGAAAAACGACAGCGACGAUCGUGGUACAAGGAAGGUUAG